AGCCAUAGCAAGAAUCAUUGGCAAAAAUGUCCAGAAUUCCAACAGAUUUGAUCCUACUGUCAAGAUGUGGGUAUUUGAAGAGAUCAUCAAUGGAAGAAAACUCUCAGAAAUAAUCAACCAGGAACAUGAAAAUGUUAAAUAUCUGCCUGGAUACAAGAUACCCAAAAAUGUGGUGGCUGUACCGGACGUGGUCGAAGCAACAAAUGGGGCAGACAUUUUAAUGUUUGUUCUGCCACAUCAAUUCAUUGAACGAAUCUGUGAGCAGAUCGCAGGCCAGAUAAAACCCGGGACAUUCGGGAUUUCACUGAUCAAGGGUGUCGGUGAGGGUCCUGACGGCCUGAAGCUCAUAUCUGACCUCAUUCGAGAGAAGCUGAAAAUAGAUAUCAGUGUGCUCAUGGGGGCCAACAUAGCCAAAGAAGUGGCUGAUGAGAAGUUCUGUGAAACCACCAUUGGGUGCAAAAACGAAAGGCAAGGGGAGAUCUUUAAAGAAUUAUUGCAGACCCCCAAUUUCAGGAUUACCGUGGUGCUUGACUCGGAUACAGUGGAGAUUUGUGGAGCCUUAAAAAACAUCGUAGCAGUGGGAGCUGGGUUCUGCGACGGACUGGACUUUGGCGAUAAUACAAAGGCAGCAGUUAUACGCUUGGGCCUUAUGGAAAUGGUGGCCUUUGCCAAGAUGUUCUGCAGGGGACCAGUAUUGGUAGCCACUUUUCUGGAAAGCUGCGGGGUCGCUGAUCUAAUCACUACCUGCUACGGGGGACGCAACAGGAAAGUAGCAGAAGCCUUUGCUCGCACAGGAAAAUCCAUUGAGGAACUGGAAAAUGAGAUGCUGAACGGACAAAAGCUGCAAGGUCCUCAGACCUCAGCUGAAGUCUACAAGAUCCUGAAACAGAAAAAUAUGCUCGAUAAGUUUCCAUUAUUUACAACCAUCUACAAGAUCUGCUACGAGGGUCAAUCGAUCCGGGAUUUCAUCGCGUGCCUGCAGAACCACCCAGAGCACAUUUAGAGGUCCGCUCCCCUCACCUGGUCACGUUCUCAUCUUCUGAGGACUUCUGUCCACUCCACGGCAAAUAAAGUAGAGAAACAGGUUGUGUGACAACGCUUGCUGUAAAAGCAACAGAGAAUGUAUUUCAGUAUCCUCGUUCUGGGGGUAAAAAAACCCGCCUUUAAUUUCAACAUUAUACCCAAGGAACAGGAAAUGAAUGUAAAAUUUAACAGUAUUUGAUUUGAGCUAGUAAUGUGGGCAUUUCCCCAGGAUUACUGUCUUGUUGAUUGAGAACAGUUCCCCUUGAAAUUUCCAGAAGAAGAGCUCAAUCUAGCUCACGUGAACCUCAACAUUUUGCCUACUAGUAUUACUUACAGAACAGCACAAGAUGCAGAAAAAUUGAAGAACUCAUCCAAACAGAAAAAUUACAGUGAAAAAAAAAGGUUUGACAGCAAUAAGAUGCAAUCACCUGGGCAGAUGUUGGGUUUCCAUAACUCCCCUCAAACACAAAUAACAUUUUGUAUUUUGUGACAUUUAGUCCUUCCUUGAUUUCGUU